GAGGGACAAAACGAGAGGUGUCUGUCCAACAAGUACACAGGUCAUUUGAAAAAGUGACAACGGAGAGACAGAGACAUUAACAGGGAAAGUCAACAAGAGAGAGAGAGAAAAAAGUGCCUUAUUACCCUGUAUGACAACCCCUUCAGUCUGAACAAGACAAUGGACCAUGAAGUGGCUGACCUCCCCAGCGGCCCCCUGGAUAUCUAUAGGAAAAAAGCCUCUUUCAACUGGAAGGACAUGCUCCGCUUCAUAGAUGGAGAUGAAAUAAUAGCAUUCAAGAAACACGUGUUCAGGACACUGGAGAAUGAUCCUGUGUUCGCACGGCGGCCCGGUGAAGACAUCCCUGUUGAGAAAAUGAGAGAGCUGACCUUCCUCAGGGUGAAGCAGCUCUUCCGCUAUAACUUCUUCACAAAAGAAGAGACGAUGGCAAAUCCCUGGAAGACUGUGAUCCUCAAUGACUGUCUGGGCAUGUAUGACUGGGCCAUGACCGCCAAGUUCUUCCUCAACAAAGGGAUGUUUGGAGCAACUAUUGCCAACUCAGGAUCAGCGAGACACCGCAAAUAUGUUGAAAGCACGGAAAGCAUGACGACGUUUGGAAGCUUCGCGCUGACUGAACUGAGUCAUGGCAGCAACACCAGAGCCAUGAGGACCACAGCCACGUAUGACCCCUCCACCCAGGAGUUUGUGAUCAAUUCUCCGGACUUUGAGGCUGCCAAGUUCUGGGUGGGGAACCUCGGUAAGACUGCCACCCAUGCUGUGGUGUUUGCACAGCUCUACACGCCCGACCAGGUGUGCCAUGGCCUGCACUCCUUCGUCGUCCCGGUGAGAGAUCCCAAGACCCUGCUGGCUCUGCCGGGUGUGCUGGUUGGAGACAUUGGCAAGAAGCUGGGCCAGAAUGGGCUGGAUAAUGGGUUUGCUUUGUUCCACAAUGUGAGGAUCCCGCGGGAGAACCUACUGAAUAAGACGGGAGAUGUAACUCCCGAUGGCCGCUACGUGACACCAUUCAAGGACCCCAACAAGCGUUUUGGGGCAUCGCUGGGAGCCCUGUCAGGGGGUAGGGUGUCCAUUACCAGGAUGGCUCUGAUCAACUUGAAGCUGGCUCUGGUAGUGGCAAUCCGCUUCUCAGCCACCAGGAGACAGUUUGGACCCAAAGACACAGAGGAGAUUCCUGUUUUGGAGUACCAGCUGCAGCAAUGGCGUCUGAUCCCAUACCUGGCAGCAGCUUAUGCUCUUGAACAGUUCUCCAGAUCUACCUUCAUGAACUUUGUUGAGUUCCAGAUUGGGCAGAUGAUGAAAGACAACGGUCACAGACAAGCAGAGAUGGGCAGAGAGAUCCAUGCCAUAGGCUGCUCCAGUAAACCACUGGGCUCAUGGACCUCUCAGAGGGGGAUCCAAGAAUGCAGGGAAGCCUGCGGUGGACAUGGAUACCUGGCCAUGAACCGGCUGGGUGUUCUGCGUGACGACAAUGACCCAAACUGCACAUAUGAAGGGGACAACAAUGUGUUACUGCAGCAGACCAGCAACUACCUGCUCAGCUGGCUUCAUGCCAAGCUCCAUGAUGGUGUGCGGAUUGAGUCUCCACUUCACACUGUGGAUUUUUUGGAUGACUUCCACAAGAUUCUGGGAAGCAAAUUUACAGCAACAACAAUGGAGGAGUGUAUGGACUCUGCAGUUCCACUGGCGGCCUAUAAGUGGCUGGUGUGUUUUCUGUUGGAGGAGAGUCAGAAGAGGCUGGAGCAGCAGAGAGCCUUGGGCAAGGAUGACUUUGAGGCUCGUAACGACAGUCAGGUGUAUUACUGCCGUUCCCUGGCCAUUGCCUAUAUCGAACACACCUGCCUCCAGAGGUUUCAUGAGCAGACCACUGAUCAGGACACACCAGCUUCUCUUAGACCAGUACUAAGGAAGCUGUGUGCUUUGUAUGGGCUGUGGAGCCUCAGCAGCCACAUGGCCACACUGUACCAAGGUGAUUACUUGAGUGGGAGGAAGCCAGCAGAGUUGGUUCAGAUGGCCAUUCUCACUCUCUGUUCACAGCUGAAAGAUGAUGCUGUAGCACUGGUGGAUGUUUUUGCGCCCACUGAUUUCAUCCUCAACUCGCCUAUUGGCAAUGCUGAUGGGCAGCUUUACAAGAACCUGUGGUCGACGGUGAUGCAGGGCAGCCAGGCGCUGGACCGUCCUUCCUGGUGGAAAGAGUUCUGCUCAGACAAACCCGUGGUCGGAUCCCUGCGUGCAAAACUCUGAGACCCCAGACCAAGUCUCAGCGACAAACCACUGGACAUUAACAAUGCAGCGGUCCCAGUCAAGCUGGUUACCGUGCAAUAAAAUGAUCUGCAGAUCAAAAAGUAAUGAAAAUAACCUUCAGUUGCUUUAGAUGCUAAAUAAUGUGUUCCUUAUUCUCCAACAGUACUGCUAACAAAACACUGGGGCUGUCCUUAAUUUGUCAUGAUGGCAGUAAGUAUUACUCUUACUGUCUUACUGAUUUGGCCUCUGCAAAACUUUUUCAUGUUCAAACUGACCCAACAGCUCAAAGUGUGAUUAUAUACAGAGUCAUAGGAGAGUUGUUGUGACUCUCAGAAAACUGUAUUUGUUCUUUUUUGUAAUGAUUGCGUAUCGGAGGAGGGGAAGGGGGUAAACUCGGGCCAGUAGUCGUCACCUGAUCCUGCUGUUCUGAUUGUACUUGCUUCACCAAAAUCACCUCAAACUCCCUGAAGCUUAGUCACAAGAGCCAGUUUGUUUUUGCUCAGCUGACGAAAGGGACACUUAACUACUCAUCCUUUCAGUGAUUUCAAAAUAUUAACAGAAAUCGAAGAAUAAUUUGACCUGAUUUCAGUUGGACUUGCUUGUUUUCAGGAUGCUGCCACAUUUAUGUAGAUUGAAUAUGAUGAUGAGUCUGAUUUAAAGUCCUAUACCGAUUAAAAACGGUUUGAUUUCAGCUUCACUGUUGAGCUGUGUGUGUGUGUCACAGGAAGUCAAUCACUGAGCACCACGAUCACCUGUUCCGAAAGAUGGAAACUCGGAUCAUAUAUGUGAAUAAGUAACCAUGAUAUUCUCAGUGUAGCCCUAUUGAUGCAACACUGUGUGGCCACAAGUUUUAUCUAGACAUUCACAUAAAAUGUGCCAAAAGUUGUAUGAGCAUUCCUACAGAAGCCCAGCAGCAUUCACGUUAAAUGAUGUUGUUCUCUACCUCUGAACUAAAGUACCUACACCUACAUAUAUCUACAUGUCAGGCUAAGCUGCCGUGGCCAGUCCCACUGGAUUGAUAGGUUCUUUCAAUCAAUACUUAUCCACCUUAACUAGUCCUACUACUAGUUUCGAGUUAUCAGAAAAUUUGUGUAAAGAAUGAUCACACUUCUUGUAAUACAGUGUUAAUUUGUGAAUAAAUAAUGUUCUCGAAUGUGUUUUCAU